AUCUUCACAACUCUUCUCCGAGUUAUCUAUGCCGAAGGUGUUUAGCAAGCGUGCUUCAGCGAUGGCUUCAGGAGAACCUAGAGCGAAGAGAGUCAAACUCGUGGAGAAGGAGUCCAAACCUGAGGAGAAAUCCAAACCUGAGGAGAAGAAGUCAAAAUCUGAGGAAAAGAAGUCCAAACAUGGGGAAAAGAAACUUAGUCAGAAUGCCCUCUUCGGAAUGGGGAAUCCCCUGCUCGACAUCUCCGCCGUGGUGGACAAGGACUUCCUGGAAAAAUAUGGACUGAAGACCAAUGACCAGAUCUUGGCUGAAGACAAACACAAAGCCAUGUUUGAGGAGAUUGUGAAGAAAUUUAAGGUGGAGUACCAUGCUGGAGGUUCCACCCAGAACACUGUGAAAGUAGCCCAGUGGAUGAUCCAGAGGCCCCAUAAGGUGGCCACAUUCUUCGGCUGCAUCGGUAAGGAUAAGUUUGGGGAGAUCCUGAAGCAGAAGGCUGAAGAGUCUCAUGUCGACGCCCACUACUACGAGCAGAGCGAGGAGCCCACAGGGACCUGUGCCGCCUGCAUUACAGGAGACAACAGUGCACAAGUUGUAGCUGUGUGUGCCCCAACAGGUGUGCGUGAGCACAGGUGUGAUGCGAUUCGACCAGACGGAAGGUCGCUGGUUGCUAACCUAGCUGCUGCUAAUUGUUACAAGAAGGACAAGCACCUGGACCUUGAGGAGAACUGGGAACUGGUAGAGAAGGCCAAAGUCUUCUACAUCGCUGGUUUCUUCCUGACGGUGUCUUUGGAGUCCAUCCUGAAGGUGGCCAAGCACGCGGCGGAGAACAACAAGAUCUUCAGCCUGAACCUGUCCGCGCCUUUCAUCUGCCAGUUCUUCAAGGACGCGCUCAUGAAGGUCAUGCCUUACGUGGACAUCCUCUUCGGAAAUGAGACGGAGGCCGCCAUGUUUGCACAAGAGCAAGGGUUUGAGACUGAAGACAUUGAGGAGAUCGCCCAGAAGGCCCAGGCUCUGUCCAAAGUAAACAAGAAGAGGCAGCGCAUCGUGGUGUUCACACAGGGCAAGGAGGGCACCGUCAUGGCCGAGGGUAAGGACGUGGAGAUGUUCCCUGUGCUGAAGAUUGACCAGAGUAAGAUCGUCGACACUAACGGGGCCGGAGACGCUUUUGUAGGAGGUUUCCUGUCUGAGCUGGUUCAGGACAAGACUCUGGAGGAGUGUGUUUCUGCGGGCCACUACGCCGCUAACGUCAUCAUUCGCCAUGCCGGCUGCACCUUCCCUGAGAAGCCCGACUUCCCCUGAUCACAUGACCACAUGGCCACACUCACCCCCCUCUCAGCUGCGCGGGGAGAAGAGCCAAGAUGGCGUCCUGGCGGCUCUACUGGGGAACAGAUGCCCUCCUCCAACAUUGCCUUCUCCAACAUCCCCCACUCCUUUCUCUCUCUCUCUCUCUCUCUCUCUCUCUCUCUCUCUCUCUCUCUCUUCCAGUCUUUCUCCCUCCCUUUAUUUUGUUUUCUCUCUGACUUACUCCCCUUUAUCCUCCCUCUCACUUCUUCUCCUUCACCCUAUCUCUCUCCCUCCCUCUCUUUCUCCUUCACCCUAUCUCUCCCUCUCUCUCCUCAUUUCUCUUCUCUUUCUUUUUUCUCUCCCCACAUUCAGACUCCUGUGCCUCAGCCCUCUUCUUCUUCUUCCUCCUCCUCCUCCUCCUCCUCCGUCCAAUGGAGAAACAACUUUUGACAUUUAACGUUUUUUUUUUUUAAACUUUUGAAAUUUUAAUUUUAGUUAAGAACUCAGAAAACUCAAGACUUACAGUUUACAUAACACGUCCUAGUUGCCCGGGAGACUUUCAUCUUUUUCAUUUAAAAAAAAAAUAUAUAAUAUAUAAAUAUAUAUAUUAUUUUUUUUUCCAUCUGUGUAAUUUCGUUUUAUUGUGCCAGCAGAAGCAGAGCUAGAAGUCUGGUAGAACAAAGACCAAUGUGUGAGCUGGGCCGCAUGUGUCUGUGGAUUCCCUUUAAGUUGUCCAGGAUCACACACAGACGCGCUCCUCUGUGUGAGGACUGAUGUUAGGAACUGUAGUAGUUUAAUUGUUUUGUUUUUUGUAGUGUAAUUGUUUUGAUUUGUUUUUUUAACAGACGAUAAUGUUAGAGGUUUUUGUUGUGACCCGGUCUGGUUGAGAUGCCUCACUCUGGUGUUUGAAGCCCACAGACAGACAGCAAGGAGUUUAGACUGAAACCCCAGCGUAGAGACAUGGAGUGAAUGGAGAGGUGUGGGUGUGUGUGCGUGCGUCGUCCGUGUGUGGGUCCAUCUGGAUGCUGGUGUAUGUGUGUGUAUGCAAAAUAUGGUGCUGUCCACACUGUUGUCCCUCACAAUUAUGCCUCUAAAAAAUGACAAGAGUAAAAGAACUGAUCUCUA